AUGAAUAUUAGAAAACGAAGUCCAGUACACAAUGAUAGCCAAAAUCGAAAGACAAAAAUAAUCAUCAUAACUGGUGAUGAACAACUAAUCAAUCAUUUUCAACAAAAUACAAAUGGAGCUGAUACACAAAUGUUUGAUCUCGAUCAGACAAAUUUUAAUGGAAAUAUUCGAGAAUUAGCAUUAUUAUCCGAAUUAACUGAUCAUAAUGAAAUAGACGAUCAUAUUUAUCGACAUAUGCUUCGUUCACCAUCAACAAAUAAUAAAGCUGAAGUCAGAAAUCCAACUGUAACGCCAUCUACAACGAAAUCUAAAAGAUCAGAACUUGUUUGUGUUGUCUGUGGAGGCAAAGCAUUAGGUUAUAAUUAUGAUGCGAUCACUUGUAUGAGAAAAGAUUUCAUCCUAACACCAGAGGAAAAAUCGCGAAGAAGAAAACGUCUGGAGGAAAAUAAUCGACGAUUCAGUCACGGGGAUAUCGUUACAGUUAAUGAGGAGGACGAUUCUGAUCCAAAAUAUAAUAACAGUACUGGAGUGGUUGAAAAUCUUAUGAAUUCCACAACAGCAGUAGAUAGCGGGUUACUUACCGAUAUAGAUCAUCUUCAACUUAAAUAUAUUGAAGAAUCAUUCAUAAAUGCUUAUCAGUCAACUGCCAUACCAUCGCUCCCACUUCAAAUUAAGGAUAAAAUGGACGCUUUAACAUACGUGAUGGAUAUACAAAAUUUCACCGCGUUAAGACUCAUUAAUUAUCUAAAAACAAUACCAGAAUUCGAAGCAUUAGAUGAAAAUGAUCGUUUUCUACUCGUAAAAUAUAAUUUAGUCCACGUAUUCAUUUUAGCAAAAUCGUUAUUUUAUGAUCAUGAUAAUGGAGUAUGUAAUGAAACCGUUGAAAAUCUAAAACAACGUAAAGAAAUAUUUAUAUUAUGUCAUGGUGAUGAAAUUCGUAAUGAUUUUUUGCAAUUAGUACAAAGUGUAAAAGACACAACAGAAAAUGAUCCAAGUAUAAUACAUCUACUUAUUAUUGUUAUCAUAUUUACAAAAGGUCUAUCGUUAGAUAAUAGUGAAUCAAUUUUAUCGAAUUAUGCGCAGGUAUACGCUGCUCAGUGUAAAUAUAUGACUUUAUUGUGGUAUUAUAUGUUAGAACAGUAUGGCGAAGUGGCAACUAUUGAAAAAUUUUCAAAAUUAAUAACACAAAUAUUAAAAAUACAAAUGGUUACAAAAAAUUAUAAAGUAUUCAUCAAAGAGCAAGUUGAUGAUUUAAACAGAAUAAAUCCACUGAUGAAAUCACUCUUGAAUCUUUCUUGA